CAAGAGUUCGGACAGCGCCAGGCAGAAGCGGCAGCCGUCGCUCGCUGCUUCCUUCUCCCCAGACAGCGCCGGAGGCUUGGCGGUCCAGACGCGCAUAUAAUAUAGUCUCUGGCCUCCCGCAUUCAAAGCCGGCUAAGCCAGUACAGGGAAUCCGCCACAAGCGCAGCACGAGCCAUGCUAAUUCGUCGACGCUGCGUCAGGGCCGUGCUGCUUCUUGUAUUCGGCGCUGUAGUCACGCUAGCUGGAGCUAUUACACCGCCCAGUGGCCCCGUAAAAGUGUCUGUCCGGAACGGUAGGUGCAUAUACCGCGGCAGAUCUGUGUGGGAAGCUUACAUUACCCUGGCAGACGGAAAAUGCGUGCAAGCCCGUUGCAAGCCCAGGGAACGCCUGCUGCAUUUCAUCCCGAUGAAGGAAUGCAUGCUUCCGCCUGCUGGAAGAGGAUGCUUUUAUGAGGAUGGCCUUUUGGAGUCACAAUGCUGCAAGCCGAAUCUAAUUUGCUAUAACUAUGCAAGCUCCAAAUAUUAGCUUUCAUGUCUUCGUAAUCCGUGCUUCGUACUUACCAAAACAACAAAUAAAUGACUGGCUAAGCAUACGUU